AUGUCGUCAAUCGAGGAGCUCCCCAAGCCUGCGCGCGUGACUGGCGGCUGCCUUUGUGGAGCUGUCCGCUACCGUGUGGACUUUCCCCGUGGUUAUGAAUUUGCCAAGAAUACUGGCACUUGUCAAUGCACCCAGUGCCGUCGCAACUCGGGGUCAGUUUUCUGGUCGUGCGUCCAGGUUCCAAAAGUCUGCCUCCGAUGGGGCAAAGUGGACGAGAAAACCACAACUGCCAGCCAGAACGAGGAGUGGACGCCCUUUGAGCGCCCGCCCUCUGCGCUGAGGUCGUUUUCGGCCACGCCUGGAAUCGGGCGCGGGUUCUGCGCAACUUGUGGGGGCUUCCUUACAUGGAUGAAAGAUGAGGGUUCUCUACUUGAUGUGUCCGUGGGGACCAUCGAUCCGGUUUACCUGGUUGGCGCCAGUGAUGAUCCUGAGGUUGGAAAGACUGAUGCAGACGGGCAGGAGGUUCCAAAGGGUGGUUAUGGGUCGAUUCUUGCGGGAGGAUACGGCCGGAAUCUUUGGUGUAGCAACGAGAUCAAAGGGGUCACGGAUGAGCUUGCGGCCGUGGGUGUUGGUCGAGGCACGAGAUCUCUCCAGAAUGAUUGA